CGACACGGAACUGGGUUUCGAUCACUACGAGAUGGAGCACACCGAAGCCAAGGCCAGCAAAUGGCGCAGACAGAUGCAGAAUCGCCAAAAUCAGAGAGCACGCCGACUGCGCAACAAAGGCCCAGUUGCGGGUAACGUCUCCGCACUCCCGUACCGAGUCGAACGCUGGCGGCUUGAUGAGCUCGAUGAACUCACCUCGCUGUCUUCAACAAGUAACGUGAUAGCAAUACAUGUUCCGCCUCGACAACAUGGCUGUUCUCCAACUACACCGCCUCGACAAUAUGGCUGUUCUCCAAUUACACCACCACCCACAAUCAAACGCCCGUCACCUGUUCAAGGUCCAGAACGGCCAGAUUCCAUUGUUCUAGCCAAACCCCGGCCCGUUACCCCACCGUCGCUCAACUUUCCCCUCUCAACUGAUCACCUCCUGCAUCUCAUCCAAUACAACGUCUUCCGCGCUUUCGUCACCAACAAAACCACGCUGAACUUGCUCCUGAAAGGCUGGCCUCCCGCGCCCGCCUCUCAGACAACAUGUCCCAUAGCUGGCCCCCACACAGACGCCACCAUGAUCUACCCGCUGAACCCCAACAUCCCCGCCGCACUUGCCCCAACACGUACGCAGCAGGAAACGCCGCACCCGCUGUGGAUCAACUUCUUCCCGUUCCCCCGCAUGCGGGACAAUCUGAUUCGGGCGGGUGAGGCGCUUGAUCACGGCGCGCUGCUGUAUGAUCUCAUUGGUGCGCUGAUGGGCGGCGUGCGCUUUUCUGGUCUGCCUGCUAGUAUUGCGCUGUCGGGCCCUGAGACUGCAGAGGGCGAUGAGAGCAGUGGGCUGGUGGUGUGGGGUGAGCCGCACGAGAUGCGCAACUGGGAGGCGACGCCGGGGUUUGUGGCGCGCUGGGGCUGGGCGGUUGAGGGUUGUGGGGAGUUGCUUGAGGCAAGCAAUCGGUGGCGCGCAAUAAGGGGCGAGGAGCCGCUGCAAAUUCCUAUUCGACAUGCUUCCGGGCUGAGCGUGUAAGUUUGUGCAAGAGAGAAGGACUGAUUGGUGCGAGACCACAUAGGGUGAUGCUCACACUUGCAAUCGCAAUGGAUUU